AUAGACAAGACGAUAUCGUCCCCCCUUUCUGUCGGUAGACUUUUCUCGUACAUUCAUAAGCUUCAGGUGCUUGAAUUGUUCGCAACUGUUGUGAAUGGAAGGUGCGAAAUUGUGAUCUAUCGUAUUUAUCUACAUGAUUUUUUCUGCCGGACAAGGAUAAACCAAUUUCGAAAAAUGAGUAAAACAAAUGGAAUUGAAAACCCGACUUUCGUUCCGGAACCUGAUGAUUCACCAAAUGAAAAACAGAUCAGUGCAACCAACAAUGAGAAAGCUGAAGAAACGGACUUGGAUGAUGAUGCAGGCAAUCGGGCCCAAUGGGGAAACAGUGUAGAAUUCCUGAUGUCGUGUAUUGCCAUGUCAGUCGGACUUGGCAAUAUAUGGCGAUUUCCAUUCACAGCUAAAGAGAACGGUGGAGGAGCAUUUUUAAUUCCCUACAUCAUUGUUUUAACUGUUAUCGGAAGACCAUUAUACUACAUGGAAAUGGCGCUGGGUCAGUUCUCCAGCAGAGGAAAUGUUAAGAUGUACGAAAAGCUCUCUCCCGUUUUAAAAAGUAUUGGAUUUGGACAACUAAUUGGAUCCGUAUGUGUUGCCACAUACUACUGUUGUUUGAUGGCAAUAACUUUAUUUUAUUUGGCCCAUUCCUUCACAUUCUCCGAAUUGCCGUGGACACAGUGCAAAGAUUCGUGGAACGAAUACCUGACUGAGAUUGCAGGAUACUGCGUACCCUCUACGGGUGACUAUACAAUUGAACCGAACCGGACCUCAAUUACUUCUUCGGAACUUUGGUUUAGGAUUGAAGUGCUUAGGCAAACUGAUGACAUUAGCAACGGUAUUGGAUCGCCAGACUGGAGACUAACACUCUGUUUAUUGGCGUCUUGGGUGGUCACUUUUCUGGUGUCAGUUCGGGGAGUGAAAAGUUCUGGAAAAGCCUCUUACUUUUUGGCACUGUUCCCUUAUGUUAUCAUGAUUACGCUUCUGAUCCGAGCGGCUACGCUUGAGGGGGCAGGAAACGGAAUGUUCUAUUUUAUCGAUACGGAUUUCGAUAAAUUGAAAGAAGCAUCGGUUUGGUAUGCUGCAGUAACGCAAUGCUUCUUUUCUCUGAAUGUUGGAUUUGGAUCGAUCAUAAUGUACUCAUCAUAUAAUCCGUUCAAACAUAACAUCAACAGGGAUGCCCUCAUUGUCACAACCCUAGACACAUUUACCUCUCUGCUAUCUGGAACGACAAUAUUUGGCAUUCUUGGAAACUUAGCUUACAAUUUGGGUACCGACAUGGCCGACGUUAUUUCUGGUGGUGGCACUGGUUUGGCAUUUAUUUCAUAUCCAGAAGCAAUUGCUAGAUUCAACAAUGUACCAUGGCUCUUUGCCAUUCUGUUCUUCUUCAUGUUGUUUGUAUUGGGAGUAGGAAGUUUAGUCGCCUUACAAAACUGUCUCAAUACCGUCAUAAAAGACGCAUUUCCGUCAAUUCCGUCUUGGGUGAUUUCAGUUGCAACUGCUUCUGGAAUGUUUCUGAUUGGUUUAAUGUACGUCACACCGGGAGGACAAUACAUGCUGGAUCUUGUCGAUCACUUUGGAGGGACUUUCAUCAUUUUCGUUUUUGCAAUUUUAGAAGUUCUGGCCAUAGUAUUUUUGUAUGGUUUGCAAAACUUCUGCCUGGAUCUUGAGUACAUGACAAAUCACAAGCCGGGGAUUUACUGGAGAUUGUGCUGGGGGCUUAUUAUGCCCGUUCUUUUAGUGACCAUUUUUAUUUAUUUUGUGGCUACUUUACCUGUCCUUACAUAUGGAAUAUAUGGCAAACCGUAUCCCGAUGGAAUUUUAGCCUUUGGUUGGUGUAUAUUGGGAGUUGGGAUUUUGCAAGCAAUAUUUUGGGUUGGCUAUUACUCAUUCUGGGAUAAGGAAUACCCGAUAUUUUCCACACAAACUUGGGGGCCAAGCGGUACGAAACGUACAGAACACUGGAGAAGAUACAAAGAAACAGAAUUAGAGGCCCGAGGUCCCAGACCUCAAAACUGGUUUGUUCGUCAAUGCAGAUUUAUAUUCUUAGGGCGCUAAGCAAUUAGUUAACAUUCAAUAAUAAUUAGUUGACAAAGUUUUCUAAAUAACAUAUUUCUAUGCAAUUUCCUUUUUUUUAUAGUAAAAUUCGAAAAUUGAUAUAUUUUAACUUUGCUCUUAAGCAAUUUCAAUAAAUAUAGAUACUUGUUAACCAUUUCCAAAUAAAAACCUACCUACAUACUGUGAUAAUUUAAAUUUAAGUAUAAAACGUUUAGUAUCAAUCAUAAUCAUAGCUUUAUUAUACAUAAUUCCUGAUUCCAUGCUACGACCCAAACAUCAUAUUCGAAUACAUUUGCUUCUGGAAAUAAUACGAUAAUUUGGUGAAAUAUUUGAACAUUGUAAUAAAGAAGUUUAAUUGACAUCCA